GCGCAUUUGGCACAUACCCGCCUGCGGUCACACUAAUUAAAGCCCACGAUAAUUGUUUAAUUUUAUUUGUAAAUAAGCCUGGUCGAAUUGCAGGAGGAGCGACAUGAAUCAGUUCCACACUCCCUCAUUCGGCGACGAGGUGUUUGAGCUGACCGACACGCCGGCGGAGAGCCAGAGCCCCAGCGAAGCCUCGCGGAGAAUGCUUAGCCUGGAUCAAUCCAUGUUGAACGACGAUGACGAGGAGCAUUGCGACACAUAUGCCAGCGGCGGCGGGCAGAACUUGCUGGGUCAGCCGGAGCAACAGCAGAACCAGGCCAUGGCACAGGCGCCAUCCAAACCCCUGGCGCCCUUUGCUCUGUUCUUUCGGGACACCGUAACGGCCAUCAAGCAGCAGAAUCCGUCCUGCUCGUUGGAGCAAAUGCAAGUGAUUGUGCAAACCAUGUGGGAGUCCCUGGACGAGACGCAGAAGAACGUCUAUGCCCUACGGCACGAGCAGGAGAAGCGCGAGUAUGUGCGUCUCAUGAGGGGCUAUCGCCACCAGCUGUCCGAGUCAGAGGCCACGUUGGAGGCAGAUGCCCCACCAUCUGUGGCUCCCAAUCAGCCCGACAUCCAGCCACCUCCUCUAGUCACAACCAAAUUGGAGCCUGUCGAGGAUCUGCCACAGCCGUUGGAUGUCCAGCAGCCGCCGCCCGAUCAGAUACAGCUGCUCACCGAAGCGGCAAGGGUGCAGAAGUGCACCCGGGAGCAGUGCAAUAAGCCGGCCAUCAUAAAUCCGGACUGGGAGGACGAGUACUGCAGCAACGAGUGUGUGGUCAUCCACUGCCGGAAUGUGUUCAACCACUGGGUAAUCUCCAUGAACUCAUAGCUACCACCAGCUAGGCUUAGUCUACAUAUGUGCUCUACUAUUUACACGCCUGCAAUCGACGUGCCGAAUAUUGUCAAGGAUUAUAUGACUGGGAGGCUCCUUACUAUACGAUAAUUAUUGUAAUCCCAGUUUGGAUUGUAAUUAGCAUCCGUGUGGAGUUUAAAUGAAUGCGAGACGCGCUUUGUAUGAUACGUUAAUUGUAGCGAAUAGCGAAUAGAUAACAUGUAGAACGGAAGAAUAAGAAUUUACAAAGCAUUUGGUAUGAGGCCCACUAUAUUCAUCAGCUGGAUAAUAAUAAUUAAAUAAAUUCAUUUAUGCAUUUAGUUAAUAUUUCACUAUUAGUUGGUAGCGAACUUUAUUUUUAGGAUUCCAUUCCCAACCGAAAUAAAAUAAAAGCCAUGUUUAAUAUAUGGUAACUUUUAAUAAAUACACACAUUUAUUACUCUUGCACUUCAUUAUCAUUAUCAAUGUAUCAAUGCCGUUGCUUACAAAAAUUCACUUUCGCUCGCUUCGUUCAAUGUUUACCAAAUAAGUAAAAUUUAUAAAUAAUUUUAAAAAUAAUAUGUUAGAGACGAUUCCUUGGUUGCCUUGCUGAAGUAAUGCGCCAUUGUUACGAGUACGAGUUAAAUAAACAACAGUAUAAAAAGUUCAAGCUUAAA